GAUAUUCAAAUAUGAACAGCAUUUGCGCUUAACUUUCUUCACAAACCUGCGCCCAGACGCUUAAGAAGGUUCUUUCCGUAAAACACACGGCAAGGCAAUGACUGCUUUUGUACCAGUGUCUUUGCCCUCGACUAGCGCGUUAAACGAUGCGUAUGUCAAGUCACAACUUACGAAAUGGGACCUUCUGCGGAACUUGAGAUGCGUGGCGGUUCGGUACACCAAAUACUACCACAAGCUGCAGGGGCAGGAGCUUCUGGCAGACCUGUUCCGGGAUGAGAAGGUGCAGGAGGCUUUCCAGGUGCUCCGGAAAGGCGGGGCGUGGGGGCAGCUGGGCGGGCCGGUGACCAAGGUGGACGCGACGCUGUUGGCGUCCUCCCUCACACGGAUGGACCUAUUCGACAAGUUGACGGAAACAUCGCCGCCAAUCGUGCGGUCCAACGGCGACAUCGGCAAGUGCAUGGAGGACAACCGGGAGGGGUUCCAGGUCUCGGACCAGCUGCGCGAGCUGAUCCUUGUGGAGGAGAGCGAGCACGCCGCGCUGUUCAGCGAGGCCGAGCGCGACGAGCUGCUGUGGCGGCUGUUUGAGCACGUGGUGCUGGGCGGCGCCUGCUGCCAAUUCGAGGACAAGGUGGAGCCGUAUGUGGAGACGUCCAAGCGCCUAUACAAGGAGCUCGUGUGCGCACAGAAGGACCCCGCAACCGGCAAGGUGCAGACCGUGUCCGCCGUUUACAAGAUCAACUCCAUACAGGGGGAUUCAGGGCCCCUGGAGCUGUACCCCAGCCGCUCCCGGCAGAAUUUCUGCUACGCAGCGGUGGACCCUGUACGACGAAUCGUGAAGAUCCUUUACCACGCCUACGUGCCGUACUGGUGAUGCCAACCCAGAUGGCAGCCUCUCGAUGAAGGAUGCACACGCCUUCAUAUCAAGCGACCCUAUCAAAUAUCAAAUACGUCAUGCAUGUUUGCGUGGAAAGACGUGGCCACUUCAUACCGCGGUGCAUUAGUGUCCAGGCACGUGUGGCUGACACAUACGACGAUACCGGCAUGCGUGUGUGCUACGGUAAUCGCGUGAGUGGUUGACACGUGCACCUGCAUCCAUACACAUUGACAUGAGCGUGCAUGCGUGCAACCUGUGACGUGCGUGAAACCGCACCGACACCGUGGCGGCGGUGCGAUGGGUUUCGGUGUUGUUCGUCUGAUCCAGCUAUAGCAGCAGACGGUCCAAAGGAGUGCAGGGGUCCUCUACACAUUUGAUUCGCCCCGGCUUUGCCUCAAUGCCUACAAGCCACCUGGACAACUGUUGUCACGUGUAAUACAACUUCAUGCCUAGCGGCCUGUGAUUGAUGCGGCCGUGCCUCCCGAUGC